AUGGAUUUGGAUAACGAAGUUUUGAUAGCCUUAGUGUUUGAUAAACAAUGUUUAUGGGACAAAACUCAUAAGUUCCACAGCAACAGAAAUGUUACAGAUAAGUGUUGGAAAGAGAUCAGUUUGGAAAUGAAACAGGAUGAAAGUAAAAUAAGAAAAAGAUGGAGAUAUCUAAGGGAUCAAUUUGCGGUAGAGUUAGGAAAAAUUUCACCUUCUCGCUCUGGAGAUGAGGCAACUACAGUAUAUCCCAAAUGGCCAUAUUUUAAACCCUUACUUUUUCUCAAACCUAUGGUGAAGGCGCGGCUAACCACUGGAAGUUUGACGCGACAAAGAUCUCAUUCAAAUAGUGCUGUGAGCCUUGAUAGUGAAACAGAAUACACCCAAACUACAAAUGACCAUGAUUGUUCUCUUUCACCUGGACCAAGCAACAUGGAAGAUACUGAUGCGAGUGACCAACCAACAGUGUCUCCUGCGAUGCCUGUUUCAAAAAUCGCUUUGAAAAGGCCGAAGAGAACAAUCAAUGACAAAUUAUUGGACAUUGAGAAUCAAAAACUUAAAUUUUUACAAGAUAAGGAAAAAUCCCGACAGAAUAGAACAACAGAUGCAGACAACGAACAUAUUUUAUUUUUUAAAAGCCUCAUACCACACAUUGAAAAAAUUCCACAGCACAUGCUACUUUCUUUUAGAAACCGCAUUCAAAGCGUCGUCGACGAGUUCGCGUACCAAUCUUUGCAAUAUGGUAACCCUAGUUCGAUGUCAAACUACUCUCAUUUAAGUAAUGUUUCCCGUAAUAGUACUCCAGAGACCUGCAACGAAAUAACUCUUCCACAAACUUCGAGUGACAAUAUUGCUGUUAUAAGCAACCAAUUAGCCACAGAAGAAUAUAUUUUUCAUUGUGAUUAA